AUGUGUAAAUUAUUUGUAGACAAUUCUUUAAAUUCUCAUGGAGACUCAUCCAAACAAGGGUAUGGAGAAAUAUUUAUUGAUAGAACAAUAAAAGUCUCAAAAGAUCUUAGUGCUGGUGCUGUGGCUGCUAUUGUGGCAAAAACUAUAAUUGCUCCUGUUGAAAGAGUAAAAUUAAUACUUCAACUUCAAACAGCACAAGUUACAAUAAAUAGUAAUGAAAGAUAUAAAGGAAUGUUUGAUUGUUUCUUACGCUUACCAAAAGAACAAGGUUUUUUUUCAUUUUGGAGAGGAAAUAUGGUUAAUAUUUAUCGAGCAACAUCUCAAGAAUCUCUAGGUUUUGCUUUUAAAGAUAUCUUUCGACGAUUUCUGGUGAAUGAAAAUAUUACUGAGGCAAGUGUCUUAAAAUUGACAUGCCAAAAUUUGGCAGCUGGUGGAGCUGCAGGAGUUGCAACAUUUGCCAUUAUUUAUCCAUUAGAUUUUGCUAGAACUAGACUUGCUAUAGAUAUGGGUAGAAAAACAAAUAGAGAAUUUAAAGGAAUGGUUGAUUGUGUUAAAAAAAUAUUUAAAGUAGAUGGAAUACAAGGAUUAUAUCGUGGUUUAUCUCCAAGUUUAGCUUAUAUUUUUUUAUAUAGAGGAUCUUAUUACGGGUUUUUUGACUCAGGAAAAAGUUUAUAUGGAAAAUCACAAGGAAAAUUAAAUAAAUCAUAUAAAUUUGAAAAUAUUAAAUUACCUUUUAUUGAAGCUUUCAUAUUAGGUCAGGUAGUAACAUUUUCAGCUGGUAUGAUAUCAUAUCCAUUAGAUACUAUUAGAAGAAGAAUGAUGAUGCAAUCAGGAAAAAUAGAUAAAGUUUAUAAAAAUUCAAUACACUGUGCAAAAGAUAUCUUAUUAAAUGAGGGUUUCAAAGCAUUUUAUAGUGGUGCAAUGGUGAAUGCUAUAAGAGGAGUCGGUGCCGCAUUGGUAUUGGCAAUGUAUAACGAAUUAGAAAAAUAUAUGUAA